UUGACUGUUGUACGACUGAAAUGAUAAUAAAAAAUGAAUAUUAGUCUCGAGUUAAAUAAUAAAAUCUGAAAAAAAGAUAUUUACACAAAUAUUAGUUUUUUGUCUUAAUUUUGGUACAAAAAGAAUGUAAUUAACAAAGCCUACAAAAAAAGCCAGGCGAGACCACAGAAUGCCAGGCGAGACUACAAAAACCCAGGCGAGACUAAAGAUUUACCUUAAUUAUUCUUGUAUGUUCGAACACUUCAGUGUUCAAACUAGAAAUGAAAUUUGGUAUCAGUUUAUGGACCUUUUAUACUCAUGUGUACUUGGUGAAGGCAUAUAAUUGGUUGAUGUUUUAACAAUUAGUAUAAAUAGAGGUUAUAAAACAACAUCAUAUCAUUUUUAAGAUAGCCAUCAGAGAGUCAACAUGUAUUCUACACAGUGCCCAGACUGUUACAAGGGAUUUAGUAGAAAAGAUGCGAUGUUGCGACACUUUAAACAGAAACAUAAUGUGUCUGUGAACACAACAGUGCAAGAAGGAGCGCCUCCACCACCACCACCACAAGGGGCGCUUCCACCACCACCACCACCACAAGGAGAACUUCCACCACCAUCACCACCACCACGACAACAACAACAAGAAAACUUUGUGUUUCUACAUCCAUUUACUAUGAUGAUAUCGGGUCCCACAGCUUGUGGAAAGACAACAAUGGUUAAAAAGUUAUUGGAGAAUCACAACUCAAAAAUUCAGCCUAGUAUACAAAGAAUCGUAUGGCUAUACAAACGAUGGCAACCGUUAUACACGACAAUACAAAGUUUUGUAUUACCAAGGAUAGAAUUUAUAAAGGGUAUUCCAUCCGAUUUGGACGAUGACGAGUUCUUCAACCCUCGAAUUAACAAUUUGCUAAUUCUGGAUGAUUUAUUCUCUGAAUCUGGCAAAGAUAAGAGGAUUACAGAUUUGUUCACAGAGGGUUCUCACCAUAGAUCUCUCUCCGUGAUUUCUAUCAACCAGAAUUUGUUUGGAAACAAAGAUCCUACACAGCGCCGAAAUUGUCAUUAUUUAGUGUUGUUUAACAAUCCAGUAGAUAAACAAUCAAUGAUGACACUGGCUCGGCAAAUGUACCCUGGUCAAAGUGAUAUACUUUUAAAGCAAUUUGCCAGUGCUACCAAGUAUCCUUAUGGAUAUUUAUUGGUGGAUUUAAAACCAUUUACACCAGAAAAUCAGAGACUUAGAAGCGUCAGACAAAAUAAUCAACAUUCAGACUACAAGGGUCACGUGACCCUCCAAGAACCUAUAAAAGAUGAAGUUGUCCCUGAAGCAAAUCAUUCUGCAAUUGGAUUACAAACUGGUCACAUCGAGGAUUACUUAGAGCCUAAGAAGUCGCAGGAUAAUUACGAAAAUAAUUCGGAAGAAAUCAUGGAAAAUAAGGGACAGGCUUGUGACGAUUGUGGUCAAUUAUUUGAUACUGUUCAUGACGUGCAAAGACAUGUCAAAAGCGGAUGGUGUCCCGAACACAGGGAAUCAAGGAAACGAAAACACGAGGAGUUGAGCGAUAGCGAGCAUGAAGAAGAUUCUGUAGAAGAUAAUGAGGCUUACGUUAAUAUAUGGAAACGAGCCAGAAAAGCAAAUGAUGAAAAAUUCGACAGAAUAUACAACAAAUUUGUUGAUGACGGAGAAGAAAGUGAUGAAGCACAAGAAAUGGCUGAAGAACGCAUUCAGCCUUACAACGAAAAGAUGUUUUUCGAUAACUAUACAAUGUUAAUUGACAAUUUUAUAUUGCCACUUAGGAACAGUGAUCUGCACAACAACAUUAUGGCUCAGAUUUAUAAAUCGAUUUCAAAAGGUUUACACAAAACUAAAGCCGUGCAAAAAGUAUUGAAAAAGCAUAAGACUGAAUUUGAAGAUUUAUUUGAGAUGGAAUUAAGCGACGACGAAGAAAGCGAUGACGAAGAAAGUGACGUCAGUGAGGCGGAAACUGAAGACUAAUAUAUAGGUCAAGAAUUUAAAGCGAAGAAAGUGCAAGAUCUUAUGAAGAAAGAACAAAUUCAUUACUUUCCGACGCAAAAUGAAACUAAGGCAUCGACAUCUGAGAGGGCCAUUUUAACGAUAAAAACUAGACUUAUGCGCUACUUAUCCUACAAAGAUAGCAGUACAUUUUUGCCAAUAUUACAAGACAUAGCUGACAGCUACAACCAUUCCUAUCAUCGAACUAUUGGAAUGAGACCCGCAGACGUCAAAGACAGUAAUCAAGAAGAAGUGAGAUUAGCAACAUACAUUGCUCAAAAUCCUAAAAACCGUAAACCGAAUAUAAAACUCAAACCCUUCAAAUUUAAAGUAGGCGACUAUGUUCGUAUUAGUCAUCUGAAGACAAUAUUCACUAGAGCAUAUGAUCAAACAUACUCUGGCGAAGUGUUUAAAGUGCAUAAACGUUAUCACAGAGGUACAUUACCAAUUUAUAGACUCCGUGAUUUACAAGAGGAGGAUAUUAAAGGUACAUUCUAUCAAAGUGAACUUCAGAGAAUAGACAUUGAUCUUGAUCAAACAUGGAACAUAGAGAAAGUAUUAAAAACCCGAGGAAAAGGACGCAAUAAACAAUAUUUGGUGAAAUGGAAAUAUUAUCCGCGUAAAUUUAACAGUUGGAUAAAAGGUUCUGACUUAAAUUAACAUAAUCUUAACGUGUUUCUGAUGCAUGAGUUAAAUAUUUACUAUCUGUAUAAAUAUUACCUUUCCUUUGUAUUUAUGUCGUAAUUUUACCAAGUAUUUGUUAAAACAGUUUGUAAACAAAAUGUUCAUACAAUGUAAUGUAUUGAAAAUAAAAUUGUAUAAAUGUACAUAAACCUUUGUUAUCAUUUUUUUUAAUUUAUAUCGAUACUGAUAUACUGUAUGCGCAGCGAAGCGAUAAACCAGUGUCGUCUGCUAUAAGACCGUUAAAAUGUUAACAAACAUAAACCGUCGUCUGCUGAUAAAAUCUUCUGCUCAUUCAAUUGACUUUAACCCCUGUUCUUAAACCUCAGUAGGUUUAACGUUUUACAUCAGCUGUCUAUGUAAACGAUGUUGUCCCUACCACGGCCAAAGUGAAAUGAGCGAAAAAUAAAAUCCAAUAAACAAUACAGUUAUCUGAUUGGUUAAUGAAUAGUCGAUCUCUGUAAAAUUGGGGAAAAAUAAAAUAAAAUAUUUACCUGUAUGAA